GCGAGUAAUGCUGGAUGGACACCGCUCAACUCAGCCUCAGACAGUGGCCAUGUCGAUGUGGUCAAGUCGCUUCUCGAGAAGGGGGCCGACGUCACGGUUGCGAGUAAUGCUGGAUGGACACCGCUCAACUCAGCCUCAGACAGUGGCCAUGUCGAUGUGGUCAAGUUGCUUCUUGAGAAGGGGGCCGAUGUCACGGUUGCGAACAAUCACGGGUGGACACCACUCAACUCAGCCUCAGGUAGUGGCCAUGUCGAUGUGGUCAAGUUGCUUCUUGAGAAGGGGGCCGACGUCACGGUUGCAGACAACGACGGAUGGACACCGCUCAACUCAUCCUCAGACAGUGGCCAUGUCGAUGUGGUCAAGUCGCUUCUUGAGAAGGGGGCCGAUGUCACGGUUGCGAGUAAUGCUGGAUGGACACCGCUCAACUUGGCCUCAGAUAGUGGCCAUGUCGAUGUAGUCAAGUUGCUUCUUGAGAAGGGGGCCGAUGUCACGGUUGCGAACUCUUUCGGGAGGACAUCCCUCUGGUGGGCCAGACGACGAGGUCACUCUGAAAUUGUCCAGGUUUUA